GUGGAGCUUCGCCGCGUUUUCUUCAAGCUAAUAUUUAAAAAUCUACGCCGAUUACUGCAAAGAAUUUUCCGUUUCGCUCAUUUUCAAUCUCUCCAAUCUUUUUGCCAUCCGUAAGUAUCUGAAGAAGGGAAAUCUCGAAACGCAUCGAUGGAGAAUUCUGGCCAAUCGCAGACUUUCAGAGAUCGCCGGCCCGACGCUCUCGGCGAUCUCAAAGUUCUCCCCGACGAACUUAUCUGCGCCAUUCUGGAGUGCCUCACUCCUCGCGAUGUUGCUCGCUUGGCUUGUGUUAGCAGUGUGAUGUAUAUACUGUGCAAUGAGGAACCUCUGUGGAUGAGUCUAUGCCUGAGGAAGGUUAAUGGUCAACUGGAGUACAGAGGCUCCUGGAAGAAGACGACGCUGUUCUUGUAUGUCUCAGAACUUCGAAUUUAGUCUGUUUUGAGUUUUCCUUUUUUUUUUUUUUUUUUUUU